AUGCCUCGCCCAACGACAGACAGGGUCAUCCACGACUACACCGCAAAGAUCCUCCCCACGGCCAUGAUCCUCAUUCUCAUCAUCUUCACCGUCGUCGUCCUGGUGUACAGCAUCGGUGAAAGGGCAGCCGUUCCCGAGAACGCCGCCGUUGCCUUCGCUGGCAUCGUCUUUGGGGUCUCUGGACCCUGGCUGAUGGGCCACUUGGUCAUAUACUGCAGGGGCGCGCAGGCGGUGUCGCCUCCGCCUCUGGCCCUCACAGGUAUCGCAACCGGGGUUGGGGCUACGACGAUGGCUAUCCCCUCCGUUCCGCAGGUUCCUCCCGCGGCCACUGCUGGUGUCGCGGUGCCUCCGACGGUUCUUCAGCCGCAGCAGCAGUUUCAGCGUCUCCAGCUCCCUCAACGCCUUCAGUAUCAAGAGCAAGCACAGCAGCAAGGCUAUCCCCCACAAGCUUACACUUAUUCACAACCGCAGAUACAGUCUCGUCAGCAGACGUUGCCACCGAGGCAAGAAGAACAGCCACGGCAGCGACGAGAAGAAGAGGUACCGGUGACAUCGGAGCAGCAGCAGCAGCAUGAGUGCCAGCGAAGGCAAACACAACUAGAACCAGCGGUUAAAGGGCCCCCUUAUCCUGCGUCGCCCCCUGGACUAGAGCAAGAAGGGUCACGGGUAGAACAUGGCCAGCAAGAGCCACAACAACAAAUAGAACAGCAGCAGGGACAAUCACAACCUCCGAUACAACAAGUGCGCGAAAUGCCACAGCUUCUAGAAAACGUAUGGCAGAAACGGCCGAGCGUACCCGGAAACCAGGCCACCACCACCUCGGUUCCCGACCCAGUGAAGCAAAGACAGCAACCGAUGGGACCCAGGAUUAUGACGGCAAGACAACCCGUACUCCCUGAGCGCGGGUCCAGCCUUCAGAGGUCCUUUUCCGGCACGAAGUCCCGGAGACAUCGCAGCCAGAGCUUGAGCAGUCCGCGGCUUUACCAAACUAGACAGCUAUCGAGGGGUUCAUUGAACCGCGAGAGGCCUGCGAGGGGUCGCUGUCCCGCAGACGCUGCCGAGGCGACCGUUGAUCGAGGCCGUUCGCGGGCAGAUUGCAGUCGUCCGGAGCCCUAUGAUCGAGAUGUUGAACCGGAGCCCGGGUCUGCUUCGGUCAGGUCGACGAGCUUGGACUCUGCUACCCGAGCAUCUUUGAAGCCCGCCCCUUUGACCAUUACGAAACAACACAGAGCAUACCAGCCAUCAACUGGAGAUGAGAGGCCUAGCGAGAACCUGAGAGAUGCCUCGCUUCCAAGUCGGCAAGUCGACCAGCUCGAAUCCAACCCCCAGGGCCGAGAAGCGCAAAGCCGGGAUACUGCUGGAGGCACCCUACCAACUAUUCGAUGUGUACCUGCAACGCCACCAAACGCACAGCUCGCUACCGUUCAGCCCGCCCAAGGCAACAUUCGUCGAUCCUUUGACAGUCUCAGCCGACAACCUCUCCCCGAUUCCCGUGACAAAGUUUCUGACAGUUGUGGCAAGCCUCGGAGCAGUAUGAUUGACUUGCAGACCAACGUCGUCUUCCUGCCAAACUACACCAUCACGGCUAGCCGGCUUCUCGAUCUUGAGCACGGCGAGAACGGGAGUCUUUGUUUCCUGUGGCUGUAUGAGAGGCAAGAGCAAGCGGUGGGAGGUGAUGAGAAGCUCAUCGACGGGCGUGAUUGGGAUAUGAUGUGCAGUCCAGGAUAG